UGAAGAAUGGGACAUUGAGCGAAUACGUUUCAAAUCCAGAUAGCCCACACCCCAUUGGGGACAAGCUUCGCCUCCUAUACGAGGUCGCCUCGGGCAUGGCAUAUCUCCACGGCAACAACAUUGUUUACGGGGACGUCAAACCAGUAAACGUCUUGCUGGAUGGAGAUAAUCGGGCACUCAUCACUGACAUUGGCUUGUCUCGCAUUAAGCACUCCCCAGUGUCUUGGAAUAGGGUAACGGACCAGCUGGCAGGUGGAACACUGGACUAUAUGGCCCCAGAGAUAUUCGACGAAGAAGAACCUAGUGGUGCCUCCAAAAAGACCGACGCCUACGCCUUUGGCAUCAUGUUCUAUGAAGUGCUCGGCGAUUGCAAGCCAGUGUGGACAACCAAAGACGGCCAACGCAUGAGAACGCGAGCAAUCGAGUCCUAUAUAACGAGGGGCAGAAGACCUGAGCGGUUUGAUGGCAUUCCUGACGACAUUUGGUCUCUGAUCGAGCGCUGCUGGCACCAAGAUCCAGCACAGCGAUCAACAUUCGAUGAGAUCGUCCAGUUCCUGGCGCCUUACAAAGGCCUCGCCAACACCAGGGUUCCAACCCCCAUGCCAAUACUGUCUUCCGAGAAUGACCAAGCGUCGCUGAAGACGGACUCGGACCAAGACGAUCCUCCAAACGACGAAUCGCCCCUCUUUGCCAUCGCUGCCAUCAAGGGUGUCCCCAAGCACACUCUCAACAGAGCCAAGCAAGGGGAUGCUGUGGCCACUCUUGCGGUAGCCAACAUCAUCACCGACAAGGAUAUCCCCGACACACAUCUCGAGUGGCGAGUCGCCAUCCAGCUGUAUCUCACUCUCGCCGAAGCCUCCAACGUUGAGGCACACUUUCACUUGGGCUGGAUCAGCUUCCUUGGCCUCGGUGUCCCCAAGAGUGAUGUCGAUGCCGUCCGGUAUUGGCAGUUUGUUAACAGCGCGAUCAAGGACGAUCGCUCCGUUCUCAGAAGGCUCUCGGGUGCGCUGCUCAAGUGGUGCGUUGGCCUGCGCCGCGGAGCUACCGAGCCGGCUGAAAACUGGAACCAGCUUCCAUGGAGCGGCCCAGGAGACUCGCCACUCCACCACAAGUUUUACCGUUGGUGUGUCCUCGGUGCCGAGCGGGAUUGGCUCUGCCGAAUCCUCCUUGCCGAGUGCUGUCGCUGGGGCACCGGCACUCAGACGAACGAGCGUGUCAUGGCCGGCAUUUACGAGCAGCUCAACAGCGACGGCUACAUCGUGAACGACAUAUUCUUCGGUCUGCCUGAAGCGCCAGGACCCAUCCCCGACUCGAACGCCAUGGAAGGAGGGGACCACGACUCUGACAAGCGACAGACAUGGCGCAUUCCUGCAAAUGCCGUCACCAACUGGUCCCGCGAGCCCAUCGCCGAGGGUGGCUUUGGAAAAGUGUAUUCGGCAUCGUACUAUGGGCGCGAGGUAGCUGUCAAGCAGUUACUGUGCGAUGCAAGUGCGAUGGAGCGCCGAUAUCUGCACCAGGAGAUCGAAGUCUGGCACAAUCUCAAGCACGACAACAUCCUGCCGCUCCUCGGCGCCUGCGACACCGUCACCAAGCCUUUCAUGGUCUCGCCAUUCAUGAAGAACGGUACAGUGCAACGCUUUGUGGCCAGAGCGGAGAGCCCUGUUCCGCUCAAAGAAAAGCUCAGGAUCGUGCGACAAGUUGCCUCUGGCAUGAGCUAUCUCCAUGGCAAGAACAUUGUCCACGGCGACCUCAAGCCAGCCAACGUCCUGCUGGACUCGGACUAUCGCGCGGUGAUCUCGGACUUUGGCAUGUCCUAUGUCAAGCACGCAUCAAGCUCGAGCAAAAGAAUUGGCGACGCCAAGAACGCAGGAGGUACACUCCACUACAUGGCCCCCGAGAUGAUUGACGAAAAUGAUCCCCAUGGGUCCUCCAAGGAAACCGACGUCUAUGCCUUUGGUCUGCUGCUCUGCGAGGUGUUCAACGACGGACGCCUAUGGAUGACCGGCGAUGGAAAACAGCGCAUGCGUGAUGAAAUCGUUCGACUCCACAUUCAAAACGGCCGGAGACCCAGGAAUCUGUGCAACAUCCCGGGCGAGCUCUGGGAGCUGAUCAAAGAGUGCUGGCAUCAGGCACCCAGCCAGAGACCCAAGUUUGACGGCAUUUUGGAUAAACUCGAGUCACUCGAUCUACCAGAAGUCCCUGCCGAUAUCUCACCGGCACUGCAGAGUGCUUCGGCAUCCAGCGGACCCUCAGCCGACAGAACGUUGGCGGAUGGACGCAGCAAUGUCCCUUUGGAGGAGUUCAUCCACAGCGGAUCUGUGUCUGGGUUCUUCAUCGCGCUGCUGAAGGAGCACGAUCCCAAAGCGCUGCAGGACUCCAUCGACACCCUCAGUCAAAGCUCCAAGCCCGAUUCGGAGUGGAAGAAGGCGGUCGACCUCCACAGAAUGCUGGCAAGCACCGCCGAUCUGGUUGCAUACUUUGACCGAGGCUGGAUCCACUGCAUCGGUCUUGGCGACCAACAGGACGACGUGUCUGCCUUUCUCCAUUGGCAGCAAGUGUUUGUUCAGAUCUACGACCACCAUUCGAUCCUCAAGUCUCUUGCUGGGAUACUCCUGAAGUGGUGCUGGGCCACCGGGCGAGGAACACGACAAAGCUGGAAGAUGUGGAUUGAGAUGCCAUCAAAGUGUCCCGGCAACUCGCCCUUCCAUAUCAGGUUCUACAACUGGAGCGAGAAAGGAGCCGAGAGCGACUGGUUUUGCAAGUUGGUUUUGGCGCUCUGUCACCUGCACGCCAUUGGCACCAAGGAGAACGAGAAGCAGGCCAUCGCUCUGUUGGAGGAGCUGGCCAACCAAGGCCACUCUGUGGCUCAAGUCAUUCUUGGAGAGCGCUACCAGCUCCAAGGUGGUCCCAACGUCCAUACCGCCGUCGCUUGGUUCAGAAAGGCUGCUGAGCAAGGCAACGCCUGGGGAGCCUGGAAUCUGGGUGUUUGCUAUCGAUUCGGUUGGGAUGUCGACAAGAACAUCGACACUGCCGUCAUGUGGCUCCGCGAAUCGGACACACGCGGCUUCCCUGCUGCCGAAAACACACUCUCGGAAAUCGAGGCCCUUGGAGAGUAAGCCGUUCGAGAGUACUGGGCCUGGCUUACCCUGUGAUGGGACCCAGAGCUGUGUGGCAGGGAAAUGCGGAUA